UUCCGAUUUAGAAUCAGUUUAUUUAAUGUGUUUGGCGGUUUGCACAAAGCUCUAUGAAUCUAACAGUGCUAACCACAAUGCGCAAUCGGCAAGUUUCUUUAGCCGGUUUCGAUGGAGUGAUCUUCUGACCGCGGCCUGGAACGAAAGUGUAGAGAGUGAAGGAGUUUGUUAUCACCUCUGCAUAGUUAAACCAACCCCAACCGGCCAACCGGCAACAUGACACGCAGACUAACUUUGGAAGACUUAAACGCCCUUGCACCGGUGGAAUUUCACAAGGCGUUUGAAAACGUGAUAGAAUGUUGGCCAGAGGCGGCUGUUUUCUGCUCUGCAUUACUGCCGUUCAAGAGCUUUGCCACGAUGACGAACGCAUUCGAAAAUUACAUCGAGCGUCUGCCGACGGAAUCUAAGCUGAAGAUCCUUCGACUUCAUCCGGAUCUUGCCGGCAAGCUGUUGGACACCAAUCAGCUCACCAAAGAGUCCUCGAGCGAACAAAACGCGGCCGGUUUGGACAGUUUGUCGGCGGAAGAAAAGACAAAGCUGACGGAAUAUAAUGAACGGUACAAAUCACAAUUUGGAUUUCCAUUUAUCGUAUGCGUCCGAGAGGCAUCGAAGUUUGAAGUCAUCCUGCGCAGCGUGUCGGAACGAAUCAACAACACCAUCGAGCAAGAAAUAGAGAAUGCCAUAGGGGAAGUGAAAAAAAUUUGUCGCCUACGAAUUCUGCAGCUUAUCGACGACAAAUUGUAAAAUUCAUGUUUAGUACGGCCAUUUAUGCUCUCAUAUGUUGAUGUAAAAUUCGCUUGUUCGUUCUUUAACGGCUCUGUUGCCCCUGAUCAAUAAAAGCGAAGUUGUUCUAAUAUCCUA